GCCCGGCCCUGUGUGUGGGCAGCGAUGGCCGAGUUAUGGUGACGUGUCCAGGUGUGAUUUUACCAAGGAAAGAUGAUAUUCUCCUCAGGGUUUGUGUUCUAGGUCAACACUGGAAAACGAGAUGUAUAAUACCAGUGUUUCCACUCCUCAUUCAUGAAAGUGUGCAGUUUGAAAAGGUGUUUGGGAAAGACAUUAUUGACCCCGCUGAUGUUGCUGAGUUCUUAGAAUGUGACAUUGUUAAGUUUGAACUGUUACACCUUACUCCCACAGGUGAUGAACCAUUAGCCAUCUAUGAAGAAAACACUAGACCUUUCUUGUUCCCUGAACCCAAGUUGACUCCCACAUACCCUGGAGUGGAUAGAGAAGUAUUGAUGAGAAGAUGCUCACAGGCUUUUGCAAUUUCACCCAAACUGGAGUUUUCUACAACAACAACAAUUACUGAGUGUUGUAUUAGAUAUCCAAAGAGGAUUUCUUCAAGCUCAUGCCUGACAGAAAGAAAGGAAAAUCACCUUAGAAAAGUCAAGUCCACAAAAUCAUUCAACAUAGGAGGAAAGGGAUUGUGUGAGAAGAAAUCUGAUACCUGCAGAAAACCAGUGUCACCUUCCAGUUCCAGACAAAGGUCCCCGUCUGCCUAUUGUAGAAGGUGUUUGCUUGAGCUUUCGUUAGAUGAUGGACAGAUUUCGGACCUAAGUCCAGAGCGUAAAGAUUGCAAGAUCGAUUUCGGGUCCAAAUCAACUUGUCCAUUGCGACAUAGUGACAAAUCUGCGUCAGAGAAGAGGUGUCAUUCAGGACUAUCAUCUUCCUCUUCUUUUGAAAAAAGGCCGAAGGCUCGGUCAAGACCGUCUUCUCCUUCAUGUCGCAAUCACGAUUUUUGCAGAUCACUAUUUAGCCCAGACAAGAGCAAAGAAUCUGACCCCUACGAUGAAUUUAAUGAUGAUACAUCGGAGCUUAAGAGUUACCCAAUCAGUCCCAGCCUUAGGCAGUCUUCGAGCGAAAUGUGUGAAUUUCCAAAUCAUUCCGCUCCACAGAGAAGAUCAUCCAACCUGCUUUCCAAUAGCACAUCUCAGAGUUGUCCUUUCGAUCCAGUGAGAAAUUCUGCCUGGGAGAGAAUUCAUGAGAGAGUUCAAAAUCUUCUGGCAAACAUUGAUGCACAGGAAAUGGCUUCAGGGAGGAAUGUUAAUUUCACUGGAUGUUCUGCAGCUAGCAAUUCAUGUGAGAGGAAAAGCUCAACAUGCUACUAAGCACAGCAAAUGAAGCAGAAACAUUUAAAACUGAUCUGCUAUCACGAAGAGAAGUCUUCCUCUUAUUUCUGCUGGUGCUACAAAACGUGGGAAAAUAAAACCAACAUAAACUUGCCAACAAAGUGUAAAGUAAUCUUCUGUCCUGAUAAUCUUUGAAUAACCAUUCAGCAAUAGCUUGCUUUAAUAAUCGAAGAUUAUGUAUUGUACACUGGCGUUUGAGCAACCUCUUUGCUUUUUACUAAAUGGAAGAUUGAACUGUUUUUUUGUCCAUUUGUGUGGGAUGUAUUUUUACAUCUUCAUCGCCUGUUCAGUAAAUCAAAAAUCUCAGAUAAUUAAUUUAUUUCAAGUUUAAAGCAUUCAGUCUGUUAAAGGGCCAUCGGAGAAAUUGCAAUUUAAUGCCACAGCAACAGAGGAGGAAAUUGCAGAAGAUAAUAAGUGUCCAAAGCCCCGACUUCUGAUUGAUACCAAUUGGCAGAAAACAAAAGACAUCGACAAAACUGACAGUGAAUUGUUAACGCAGCAUUGUUGAAGGAGCUGUGUGAAGCCUUUUGCAGCCAAACAAUUUACUGAUUUAAUGUGUUGAAUUUUUCUUUUUGACCUGUUCUCUUUUAACUGGGAUACAAGGGCAUACAUUGUAGACCUAUUUAUGAACUGUCGCACAAAGAAUCACACAAAGAAAUAGGCAAUUCUCAUUUAAUUCAUGUCAGUAUCACUUAUUAAGAAUCUCUCUUUCCUGUUCUUUAAAUAACUUAUAGCCUCUGCAACUAAGCUGAGCGGCUGACUAUCCAACUUCUGUUAACUCAGUCCUAGGUUCACUCUGUACAUUUUACUAUGUACAUUAAUAUUAAACACAAGAAUACUUUAUAUCUGCAGUGCUGGUUAGAAUAAUUUAUUGAGACCUUAACAUAGAAUAAAUAGCUAUUUUCUGGAAAAAAAUAAAGAAUUCAAAUCCACCAUUAUUUUGUUUUAGCAUUGGGAAUCCGAAAACAAUCAGUUGGGUUUUAAUGCUCAGCUACUACACCUACUACAGUUUGAGUUCAUUUGCAGUCACUUCACAGUGAUUAGGUGCUGGGAUAUGAUCCAAAGUAUGAGACCUUCUGCCAGGUCACAGAGAUCUUCAUUACAAUUGCUAUAUUCCAUUGUCUUAACCCUUCCAGCAGCAGUGCCAUCAGAGAGUUCUGUUCCAUCUCCGCAAACUGAGAAUCGAGGACUUAAUAUCACAUCAAUAAUGUGAGUGAAAUGUUAGAAGUGUUUUUUUUUGUCUAUGUAAAAUGGAAUAUUAAAAAUCAUUUUUAAAUAGUAAUGAUCUUCACCGCAUACACAGGCAUUAGCUUCAUCAAUGCUGCUACAUGUUUCAAUGUCAGUAGGUGGUUGACUCAAAACGUUUAGAAAAUAGGGUCAGUGAGCACAAUUCAGUGCAAAUCUAAUCUUUGUUUUGGUGGAGUAGAGACAUCAGAAAAUAAUUUAACUGAAGUUCUCUAUGAUCAUGUUUAAUAUUUUCCAUAAUAUGAACCAGAAAAAUAUUACCCUUUAGGGCAAACAAACAUGAAGACAAAAGUUGCUGUAUAAAAGAAAGGAACAUUACUUGUUUUCCUUUUUAUCAGUUGAAUAUGUUCAGUUAAUAGUCAUUCGGGUUUUGAUUUCACUCUGUGUUGAAAUAAUUUCAUUGUUGUGUUAAAAAGGAAUCCAAAGUUUUAUAUGAAUCAUUAAGAUUUGUACGUUUUACAAUUUUUUAAUAUAUAUUUGUUAAAUAAAUUCUUA